GCCUCCGUCACCGCGCCGCGCCGCGCCUGCGUGCUUCGGCCGGCCGGCCGGAGCCGGUGCCCUUCCGCAGGGCCCGCCUGAGUCUGUUCUGCUCGGAGGAGUCGCUGAUCCCGACCCGCCGCCGCCCUGUGCUUGCUGCCAGCACGGGCGACGCCAUGGAGCGGCUUGAUAAAGCGGCGCUGAACGCGCUGCAGCUACCCGAGUUCAGAAAUGAAAGUUCACUGGCGUCGACCCUGAAGACACUACUAUUCUUCACAGCAUUAAUGAUAACAGUGCCUAUCGGCUUAUAUUUCACAACCAAAUCUUAUAUAUUUGAAGGUAAUCCUUGGCCCAUAAAACAAGUUUUUCCCUUAUUAAUUUGAUAUUGUGCUUUUGUU